GUGGAAACUUUUCGUGCCGUGCACUUUGUGAAACGGAACGGAGAAUAUAUUUUUGUCGUGGCGCGAGCUCAAGCGACUACGAGAGGGAGAGAGCGCGAGAGUGUGCGACUGAGAGGCAGCGAAAAUCUGUGCGUGUACGAGAAAUCGAUAACAGCAGCUGAAGUGACAGAAGAAUAAGAAGAAGACGUAAAGGCUGUGGAGUAAUCGAAAGCGCGUGUGUGUCGGUGUCGGCGAAUGGAUUGAGUUUAAUAGAAAAUCCAAAUAGAAAAUGCUACAGAGGAAAACUCUUCAAGUAACAGCGCAAUUGCUUUGAGACCCCAUUGAAAGAGGCUGCAACAAAGAGUAAGGAUUGAGGCAGGAAGAUGCACCUGCAAAACACGCACAACGCAGUGAAACCCAACGCCGCUAUGGAGCCCACAUCCUCAGCAUUCCCAGCAUCCCGGGAUGUCCUGCAGUUCCAUGAUCUGAUAACGUGCCGACUUUGUCGCGGCUACAUGAUCGAACCAACCACAGUGGAUUACUGCUAUCACACCUAUUGCCGGAGUUGCAUACUGAAGCACCUGCUGCGAGCGGUUUACUGUCCGGAUUGUAAAGCCAGCGGAGGCAAGGAAAUCAAUGAAUUGAAUCUAAAAUCGGAUGACACGUUGCGAUCGCUGAUUUAUAAGCUGGUGCCGGGACUCUAUCAAAGGGAGUGCAAGGAGCUGGCAGAUUUCAAGGAGCAGCACGAGGAUUUGGUGGAUGAGCCAACGACUGACGAACACGAGUUCUUCACCACCACGGAACUCAUAAGCUUAUCCCUGGAAUACCAUCCCGCCAUGCUGCAUCAGUGUGGUCCUGGCGAGGUGCCUCCCACUAUUUACCUGCAAUGUGCCGCCGGAUUACCUGUGGAGCUACUGAAGAGGUUCCUCUGCUCCAAGUACAACAUAGAGCCGGACAACAGCUUGGUGGAAGUGGAGGUGACCUACAAGGAUGAGGUACUGCCUGCCACUUUCACGCUGAUGGACGUGGCCUACUCUUACAACUGGAGUCGGGAAUCGCCCAUGGCCUUCUGCUACCGGAUUCUGCUUUACGACAACGAGCAAGCAAAAAACGAUGAGAAUAACCUAUCCAGGAUUAACCAGGACAUUGAACCGGAGCGUUCGGUACCUCGCACCAAGUCGGCCAAAUCGGUGACCUUUGCCGAGGACCUGGAAUCGGAAAUGGACUCCGGCUCUCCGCGCUCCAAGGUACGCUGCAAGACUCCGCCAAAAGUUUCGCCCUCGUCGAAAACCAAACGAUUGACGACAAGUAAACGGGAAGCGGAACCUGAGUGUCCGGUGAGCAACUUCAAAAGUCUGCGAAGCAACGACAUGCGGUACAGUGAUUACGCCGUGUCCAAAGUUAAAAGCGAACCGGAACAGGAGCAGUUCCUUGCGCCAAGAGAACGGGAACAACAGCCUCUGGAGGCCAACACCAAUAUAGUGGUCAGCAUUCCACCCUCGCAGCUCGGAAAAUCCUACGUAGAUGCCGAGAACUUUGAGCUGAAGACAGCAAAUCGAAAGGGCGUGGGCCAUUUGCCCAAACUGAAGAUCGAGUUGAACAGCAUGAAGAGCAAGCUGAGUAUGCCAUUGUCGGCGGGUCCGCGACUGGAGGAUACCUCCUGCUCCUCAACAUCCUCAGCUCAACAGCUCGAUCUGGAGACCUAUGCCAAGAACAUUGGCCUAAAGCCCAUUGAUCAGCCCUUACCGCACAGUGCAUCCAAUCCCGAUAGCAAAUACAGUCCCAACGCCUCGCCCAUGUCCUCGUGCUCCAGUUCGACCAAUGGAUCCAGCGGCAGUCUGGGCACCGCCGAUGCCAGCACAUCGACCAGCACGUCCAGUUCCCAUCGCAAGCGCAAGAAGAAGCACUCCAAGGAGCCAAAGGACGCGAAUGGCAAGCGAAAGAAGUUGCAUGCGGAGAUCAGCUCGCAAACCGAUGGUAAAAUGAAGGUGAAGAUAACGGCCAAGCCCAACCAUAAGUUGGAUUUCAAGCGGUCCCAUUCGCUGGCCAGCGGGGAGUUGGAUCUGCAGAAGCUGAAACUGGACAGCACCAGCACUUCGGAGGCACUGAAUCGCACGCUGGGCGAGGAGGCCAGGAGCAUCAACAGCCUGGUGGUGGGUGGGGCACCCACACCACCGCCCACGCCCACCGCCGAGCCAGAACCGCAGCAGCAGCACCAGCAGCAACAGCAGUUUGUGGUGCUGCCAAAAAUGAAAGAGCUUACCUUGCCCACAUCGCCACCUCUGCCGCCCAGUUUAUUCAAAGCCUAUACACCCAGCACAACGCCAACCACACCACUUGCUGUGCCCGGAAAAUCCAAGCAACAGCAGCAGCAACAGCAGCAGCAAAUGGCACAGCAAAUGCCACAGCAACCUCAAGCUGUACUACAGCAAAGCCUGGCUAAAGGCAAUCCCGCCAAGCCGCCGCUGAGCAGCAACAACAAUCGCAAGCCGAGCAGCGGACACUUUGCGGUGCCACAGGCGCCAACCCACCGGAAUAUGUACCACAUGCAACGCUACCAGUCCACACCCAGCUCGAUUGCCAGUGCGGCGAACAAGAUGCCAAAGCGAUCCUUGUCCCUGGACGAGUCGCAUCCGGCCAAGCAGGCGAGAUUGAGCCAGAGCCAGGCGAUGGCCAGCAGUUAUGCGGCCAAGCUGCAUAUGCAGACUAGCAACCAGGCCAGAAGUCAGGCGGCCGCCUUUCUGCCCAAUCCCCAGAUGCGUUCCUAUGGCCUCAGCGAGCUGGGCGGCAAGCCAACGCUGCCACUGUUGUGCCCGGCCAGCAGUUCGGGCCAAGUGACCAUUACGGCAAGGCCCAGAGUCACGCCGUCGGUGUAUUCCUUCUCGGAGCCAAAUAGCCAUGUGCCUGCCCUGGAAAUAGUACGAUUGCCGGUGAAUAAGCAGAGUGCUGGCGGCAAGGGUCUAACGAUGCCACCGCUCAGCCCGCCGGCAUCGUCCAGUGCCCGGCUGAUGGGGCCACCAGCGGCUCUGCCCAAACAGGCGGGCGGCGGACAUGGUGCGGCGGCCAAGCGGAGCUGCCAAAUGCCGACAAUGCCGACAAUGCCAAUGCCGAUGACCACGAUUCCGACGAUUGUCAAAUCGCCGCCGCUGUCAGUUGCGCUCGGUGGCCAGAGGAACGGCAAGGGUAACUCGUCGCACUCAAAUGCUUAUCGCACAUCACCGCCUGCAUUAAUAAAUCUGCGCAACACAGCCGCUCCACAGCACUCGUUUCCAUCAAAGUCGAGCCCAAAGGUGGACGCCAAUUCAAAGAAAUCCCCGCCAGCAGCCGGCUGCCAGGGCAAAACCAAUGGCACUGCCCCAUUGGACAAGUCCAAAACGAGUUUGCGCGAGUUUCGGCCAGCGGUGCAAGCGGCUGUAACAGCAACGGCCACCACAACGGCCACCAGUGCAGCGGGAGCGGGAGCAGGAGCAGCGGGAGCAGGAGCUGGAGCAGGAACAGCAUUAGCCAAGGAUGCCGAUAUACUUGAUUUAUCGGCUAACCCGGGCAGGAGCAGCAGUGACGCCAAGUUGGCGCCCAGCUCACCGCCCGCUGGCAACAACCACAACAAUAAUAAUAAUAACAAUAAUAAUAAUAACAACAACAAUAAUAAUAAUAAUAAUAAUAGUAACAAUAACAACAACAACACGACAAGCAACAGCUUGGAGGCAGCCUUAAACAAAAUCAAGCAGAAUAUAUCGGCGAACAGCAAUGGUGGACCAUCGAGCACCACCUCUGGCGGUAACUCGAAUGGCACCACCAACGGCGAUGAUCUACAGAAUCUGCAUAUGCUCUCGGAAUCGGCAACGGCCAGGGAGAAGAUCUCCAUAAAGGCCGCCAGCAGUGGGAGCAGCAGUGGUGGCAGCUCCAGUGGCACAGCCACCGCCAAACCCAAGAACGCCAAUGCACUGGUGAGGCCACAGAAUGCCUCGGUUAGGAGCAUACCCAAUCCAUCGGCUUUGGCUUUCCGCAAUCAGCCAACAGCUGCCAGUGCGGCAGCCAGCAUCAGCAAACCAUUGACGGUUCGCGCCGAGGAAAAGCUGAAGGUUUCCACCAGCACUCCGGGCUCACUGAGUCCCAACACCACGGGCUGCACUGGCAGCAGCAGCGGAAGCGGAAGCAGCAGCAGCAGCAGUAGCAGCAGCAGCUCAACCGGCAGCACUGGAUGCAGUGCAGCCACCUCGCCGCGGGCAAUGACCAAGAAGCCCACGACCAUCGAUCAAGUGGCGGCCAAUUUGAACAUUCGCGCCGAGGCCAAGGCCGCCGCUCUAGCCGAGGAGGCUCCACCCGUCCUCAGUUCCAAUGCGGCCAAAUCUCCGGAGUUGGCCAAAACGACGACAUCCGUUGCGUCGCGGCCGGAGCCCAAGGAGGCGCCCAUCACUGUUUCGGCGGCCAGCACGCUGCUGACCAUCCCAUCCGUGGUGGCCAGUGUGUCCGCGUCCGCAGUCCCGGAAUCCAUGGCCAAGCCACCCGUACAGAUUGCCAAUGCUCCGGUGGCGAGUUCCGCUUAGUCACAAGCGUUUCUUUGGCUGUGCGGAACGCAAAUGUAUCUUGUGGCGCCGCUGGAGAAUCUGCGAAAUACCGACAACAACUGAGGUGAUGAAAAAGCGUAUAAACAACUCCCCGUAGCACACGUUUUCCAACCUCGCUCCCGAAGAAGAAGUGCAAUUUAAUCAACCAGUAGAAUGGAUCGUAAGCCUUAGAACUAAACCGAACAACCCUAAGCAAUAUCUACACAUCGGAAUGUAUCUGUUGGAUGCGAAAACCGCAUCAUUUGCAUACACAUAUGCAAACAUUUGCAAUCGAAUUAGUACGCGACUAAAUAAAUAAUCCAAGCAAAUUUCAAAAAUGCCAGCAACAAAAUUCAUUAAUAAAUAACCCAGCUGCGAGACAGAGAGAGAGAGAGAGAGAGAGACGAGAAGAGAGAAGCGAGGAGGAGAAUAAUAAUCAAAAUCGCUUGGCGUUCGCUGGCAUUUUCGAAAGCAGGCAAAACAGCAACAACAAAAUUAAUUAUAAAAUAUCAACAGCAAAUAUGUGUUAAGCCGCGAUAAGGUCACACGAACACAAACACAUGCCUUUCAUAGAUAGAUCUUCGUUUGGCCUUUUGCUUUUUGGGGAAAGUCCAAACGAAACCAAGAAAAACAAAAACAGAAUCUACUAAUAAAUAGCGAAAUUAUUUUCAAAUACGCGGUAGUAAAACGGUUUUUGAGUAAAAACCAAGCAGAGGAAGAAAAAAACCACAAACUGAUACGAAAACGGAAAUCGCAUCAGGAAUAUUUGAUUACACACACAGCACACUCAGUGCCGAAAGUGCUUGGCCCACACCCUUCGGAAAAACUGCCACGAAGUGUGAAAAUUCGGUGGUGGUGGUGGUGGUGUUGGGCUAGCUGCUAGAUUUUUCGAAAGAACACACUCGCGUAUAGCGAAAGAUACAGCCCGAUACACACUCACGUUCCUCCAUCGGGGCGAUAAAAUUUUAACGAUUUUGCGCCGCUUUGGGCGAGCGUGUCAGGCAUAAAGAUACAAAACAAUACUUGGGCAUAUACAAUAAACAAACGCAAACAAAGCGGAAUAAUGAAAAUAACAAACUCGCACUGGCACAGUGCGUAUAUUUCUAUACAUAUACCCAAAUAAAUAUAAAUUUAUAUAUACAUAUAUAUAUCUUGUAGAUACUCUGUCGCAUUAGUUGUUUAAGCGAGUUACGUUUAAUUGCAGCACGAAUUUUGUACAUAAAUUGAAAAAUCGAAGCCAGGCAAAAACAAAAUGCCAACCCAACAAACCAGCGCACCCAGCACUUGGAAAUGAAUUUUAAUUUUUUAGAGCUUCGACCAAAUGAAAUAUUUAGUAAUAUAUACACAAACACACGCAC